UAAAAUAUGACGAGAACCGUUUUAUUUGUAAGAUUAUAUUUUUAUAUUUGCUUCAACUUGCUCGUUCUCAACUUUGCCUUUAAUUUUGUACCGAUGGGAGUUUGUUGCGGUUUUUUAAAAAUUCUACGGAGCAAAAACAAUGCAAGUGCUAUACUUUAAAAAAAGGUCAGGUAAGAAUGUGGAAUCUGAUGGUGCAGGGCCGUCGUCGUCGCAGGCGCUGCCGCUCUGCCCCGCCGGCCGACCCGACGCAGAAGUCGAACCCCUACUUAAUGAAGAAGCGGUCGCCGAAGGUGCCGGGGCGGAUGGUGCCGCCGCUGAGGAAGCGGGCGCCGACCGGGGCUACUGGAGCCGAUGGCUGCAGAUGCUCCCCCCGCCGCUACGCACUUUGUGCGCCUCACACCGAUUUGACAACCUACAUGUGGAGAUGCUGUACCAACGCUACUUCCUGCGCAUGAACCAGACCAACAUGACGCACCUGCUUGGGUUGCUACUGACAGUGACCAUGGCGCUCAUGAUUGUGCAGAUACAAUCCCUGCUCACUGCUCACUCUUACUUCAAAGACAUCCUGCCGCCACCAAACUCUACCAUGAUUUAUACCGUUGAACCAUACAAAAAAUACCCAGUGACAGAGCUGUACCCUACUGUUGAAGAUCUCUACUACACCCGUGACCGCCUCGCCCACAUUAUCAGCGUCAUCAUGCUGGCGAUUGCCUCACUCAUAUAUGGCUGUCUCAUCGCUUGCCUUAGCCGGCCGGCGAUGAACGAGAUAUAUCUGCUCACCAUAUCCUAUGUCGUUUUGGGGACCUUCUUUCUGAUCGAACUGGCACUUACCGGGACCCUGGUUUAUAGAUCACUGAGCGUGGGCUGCGGCCCUUGCGCUCUCUUCAUCUACUUGACAUACGCUACGCUGCCGGUGCGCCUGCACGAAGCGGCCGUCAGUGGAUUCUGUCUGGCUGCCAUCAACAUCAUUGCGCACCUUAUACUUGGCAAGGCAACUUACGCACAGAUCUUUUGCAACCUGGUCGCGUUUAUGAUCAGCAACUUUGCCGGCAUCUUGACACACUACCCGCGAGAGCUGGCCCAGCGCCGGGCGUUCCUUGAGACCCGCGACUGUGUGGAGGCCCGUCUAGUCACACAACGCGAAAACCAACAACAGGAACGUCUUUUGCUGUCGGUGCUGCCGCGACACGUUGCAAUGGAAAUGAAGGCGGACAUCGCCAGCCAACCCAGGCAGGAACAAUUCCAUAAGAUCUAUAUACAACGCUAUGAGAAUGUCAGCAUCUUGUUCGCCGACAUCUGCGGCUUCACCUCGCUAUCGGACCAGUGCACCGCUGAGGAGUUGGUGCGUCUGCUUAACGAGCUCUUCGCCCGUUUUGACCGCUUGGCUGCUGAACACCAUUGCCUAAGAAUCAAGCUCCUCGGCGACUGCUACUACUGCGUGUCGGGCCUGCCCGAGGCGCGCGACGACCACGCCAAAUGCUGCGUCGAAAUGGGCCUCGACAUGAUUGAUGCCAUUGCUCUGGUUCGCGAGGUAACUGGUGUGAACGUAAACAUGCGCGUGGGGAUCCACACGGGCCGCGUGCACUGCGUCGUGCUGGGACUCCGCAAGUGGCAGUUCGACGUCUGGUCCAACGAUGUCACCCUCGCCAACUACAUGGAGAGCGGUGGCGUCGCGGGACGCGUGCAUAUCACUCGCGAGACCCUGCAGUGCCUCGGCGAUGACUACCGCGUGGAGCCGGGCCACGGUGACCAGCGGAACGCCUACCUCAAGGACCACAACAUCCAGACUUUCCUCAUCGUGCCUGACGAUACAAGCCGUGUGGACACAAAGCCAGCGCACUCGGCGGCCGUCAACGGCAACGUAUCGAAGGAAAUGCGUGUCAUGGGGCAUGGCUCCCAACAUGGAAAGCAUUCAUCCAAAGUUGACACAAACAAUGAAAACAAGAAACCCGAGGACGAAGUGAACGAGUACCUGAUGAAAGCGAUCGACGCGCGAUCCAUCGACCGUCUGCGCGCCGAGCACUGCCAGCCGUUCACCCUCAUCUUCCGCGACCAUAAACUUGAAUGCAAGUACACCAACGAACCCGACCGAAUGCUCAAGCUUUAUUUCAUGUGCUCCGUCGUCAUCUACGUCGCUAUUGUCGUCAUACAACUUUUCAUCUUCGGCUUCACUCCGAUCGUCGUUACGACAGUCGUCACUGGCAGCAUCAUCAUUGCCUGCUGCACGUAUCUCAUCCUCUGCAUUGAUUUACAAUGCACCAGUCCCCGGACCAGAGAGGCGUCGCGCCGCAUCCACACCAACCGCACUCUAGCCCAGCUGAUAUCCUUCCUGAUGGUCAGCACCUUUGUCAUGCAGAUUCAAAUUGUUAUGGCAAUGGACGCGAGCAUGCGCCACAACCAGCACCUGCACUCAGGGCGUGAAGUUUACUGCACCCAUGAUCUAAACGAGUACUACCUACAGUUGACCCUGAUAGUGAUGUUCGUUUGCGCCGUGCACCAGAUUUUGAUAACCAUGGUGAAGACCAUCCUCCUGGUGGUCACCAGCUUCACUUACGUCGCCGUCACCGUGCACCAACAUGUCUACUUCGACGGCACAUACCUCAAUUACCAAAACAAAUGCGACGUCGACUGGAACCAGCAAUGGAUAAACAUCGUGACAGCUAUCGGAGCCGCCAUCGCUCUCCUGCUGCACUCCCAGCAAACCGAAAGCACCUACCGCCUCGACUUCAUCUGGAAACUUCAAGCUACUGAGGAAAAGGAAGACAUGGAACACCUGGAGGCGUACAACCGCAAGUUGUUAGCAAAUAUCUUGCCCGAGCAUGUCGCCCAACACUUCCUCUGCAGUGACAAGAACAUCGAUGAACUUUACCACGAGCAAUGCGAGUCGGUAUGCGUCAUGUUCGCUUCGAUCCCGAACUUUUCUGAAUUCUACGUGGAGCUCGAAGGCAACAACGAGGGAGUGGAAUGUCUCCGUCUGCUGAAUGAGAUCAUCGCGGACUUUGACGAGAUCCUGGCUGAGGAACGGUUCAGAUAUAUUGAGAAGAUCAAGAGCACCGGCGCUACUUACAUGGCAGCUUCAGGUCUGACUGCUGCCACCCGCGACCUGGUCGGCUACCGGCACGUGACUGCAAUGGCUGACUACGCGCUGCGUCUCCGUGACCAGCUACAGUACGUCAACGAACAUUCCUUCAACAACUUCCGCAUCCGGAUAGGAAUCAACAUCGGGGCCGUAGUGGCUGGAGUGAUCGGAGCGCGCAAACCGCAGUAUGACAUCUGGGGCAAUGCGGUCAACGUCGCUUCUCGUAUGGACUCCACCGGAAUACCAGAUCACAUCCAGGUAACUCAAGAAGUUUACGAUAUACUGUCUACUCGCGGCUAUCGGCUGCGCUGCCGCGGCAACGUCGACGUCAAGGGCAAGGGCAAUAUGGUCACCUACUUCCUCGAGGGAUUCGGUGACACGAUCGCGCCAACUAUCUCUGAUCUCUACUCCAACCCAAUACCAUCGACUUCCACUGAUCGUAACGGCAGCAAUGGUGCUGGGACCGUGGUGGCGCGCUGCGAACCUCGCCGCGUCACGCUGGACACUCUCUCCGAAGGCUGCACCGACGAGGAUGCCGGACCCUCUCCCAGGGCGUCCAUCCCACGAGACAACGCGGGCGGAUCAUCGAGCUUUGACAUGGCUUACGACGAGGACUCGUCAUCCCGGGAGAGCCUGGCGAGCGCGGUACGUGCGCGUGUGCAGCAGCGACUUGCGCGGCCGCUCUCCCUCAUCGACGAGCCCAGCCUGCCCGCACUCCUCUCCAUCAUCAAGGCCAAAGCUUACUCCGCGGAAUUCGACACUGCAUUCCUCCGAAACGAGAUGACAAAGGAAGAUUCACCACUCGCCCAGAUCAGGAAGCGGGUCUCGCAAUCUAAAAACAUCGACAAAGUCGAUUUAAUAAUUGGUACACAAGGGCCGCGCCGCGUGGUUAGCAUGGCUGAUGUUGUCUUUAAUCGUCAACUUUCGCCAGUGGACCCCACUCCGGUCAACGUCAUCGAGAAUCCAAUGAAUGCAAUGUAAAUUCAUCGACGAAUGUUUUCUUUCAAGUCAAUUAUCUUUUAUAUCACAAUUGAACAACUUUAUCAUUUGCUGUGCGCUUCCACUGACGACACUCCUUAUAAACACGUGUUGCUAUCACUGUUUUGAAAGGUGGCGAGAGAGGUAGCAAAAUGUGUUUGUACACAUGUGUCGGCAGUGAAAACUCGCGGAAUCAUCCUGCACUGGAGGAAGAUACGUGUUAUUGUAUUAUAUUGUAAAUAGCGUAAUGCUUAACUAGUGUAGUAAAUAGUUGGGUGACUUCACCACUUAAUAUCAGGUGAGUUUUGGAUCAAUUUCACAUGUGAAUAAACCAGUGCGACUGCUUAUUCAUUUGUAAAAUUGUAAUCGAAAAUAACGCUUUAACUUAAUGAAUUUAUUUAUGUAAUUCAAAAUCAGCGUCGAAUCUAUCCGGACUUGACGUUUUACAAAGACUGAAUUUAUACAAUGAAAUUACAACUAACUACGUUUCGGCGAAACAUGACUUAUUCUUAUCGAAUUUACUGACUUAUAACUUGUAUUAUUAUGUGAUGAAGUUUGGAUGAAAGAUACUGUUGUAUUGUAAAGUUAAUUAUCAUUGCUAACAUGAGGGUACUAUAAAUAAUUAAGGUUUAUCGUAAACUUUAUCUGGCAAUUUCGCUUGCCGAAUGUAAAUAACGUUAUUCUAGGUAAGCCUAUUUCUCGAUAUCUCUAGGUAAAUUGUCUGAAUUCAUAUAUUAGUGUAAUGCGUUAUGAUUUACAGCUUCAGUAAUGGUUUCAAGUAUUUAUCGUGAUAAAAUUAAAAAAAACAUAAAAAAAUAAAAAAUUAAAAAAAAACAAAAAAAGUUUAGCUUACAUGAUUUUGUUGCGAACUUGAAACCAUUUUGUAUGAUUAAAUGUACAGUAGAAUACGGUACGAUUGACAUUCUUCAGUGUUUUUUUUUUCUUUUUACAUUAAUUAUAUUGUGUGUAUGCCUCUCUACUUCUUCCCCCGACUGGACAUACAUAGACUUGUAUUUUGUUAAGGUUUACUGAUAUUAUUUAACAGUUUAAUUUUAUUGAUCUAUCUGAUAUUUUGAACCUUUUAUGUUUGGACAAUGAUUUGAUGAAUUUCUUAAUUAUUAUGUAAUAUACUCUUGCUCAGCAAUUCAGCCAUAGGAUAAAAUCUCAAUAUCACUUUCUCAUUAGAUUUUAUGAUAUUUCGCACUUUGUAAAUAGCUUACUCUUAUAAAAUUAUGUAC